CUCCAUAUGUAAUGAAAACUGACUUUCAUUACUUUCUUGUAGCCUUACCCCUCGUGAAUUCAACUCUUACGGAGCUCGAAGAGGUAAUGAUGCUGUAAUGACAAGAGGCACUUUUGCAAAUAUCAAGCUUUUUAAUAAGUUUAUUGGAAAACCAGCUCCCAAAACAAUUCAUUUUCCAUCAGGACAGACGCUAGAUGUAUUUGAGGCUGCAGAGCUGUACCAGAAAGAAGGUAUCCCACUGAUUAUUUUAGCAGGAAAGAAGUAUGGUUCCGGAAACUCUAGAGACUGGGCUGCCAAAGGACCAUAUUUACUGGGUGUGAAAGCUGUUUUGGCUGAAAGUUAUGAAAAAAUACACAAAGAUCAUUUGAUUGGAAUUGGCAUAGCUCCACUUCAGUUCCUUCCAGGAGAAAACGCAGAUUCCUUGGGCCUCUCCGGUAGAGAAACAUUUUCUUUAACAUUUCCUGAAGAACUGGCUCCCGGAAUUACAUUGAAUAUACAGACGAGCACUGGAAAAGUAUUCAGCGUGAUUGCUUCGUUUGAAAAUGAUGUGGAAAUAACAUUAUACAAACACGGAGGAUUGUUAAACUUUGUGGCACGAAAAUCCUCAUAGUAUCUACUUACCAUGGAUACCUUUCAUAACUAGUAACUGCAAAGCCUUUUGUGCUGGACCCAGGAAUCCUUACCAUGGAGCUGCAGAUAGUCCCAUUAUACUCACUUCUCUCAUCCAUGGAUGUACAUGAUGAUGAAUCAACGUAGUGACUGAAAUGAAAUCUUCUUGAUUUUAAAUAAUUUACGAAUGGUGCUAUUAACAUUGCUAAAAUCAACGUGUGAAGUGUGUUGUGGAAGAGACCUGUAAGUAUGGGGGGGGAUAUUUUAUCAGACCAUUUUGUAAAUAAAGGCAGAAUUUGUGUUGAA